AUGGAUAGCAACAACAAAAAGCAACCGAAAAAACUGCAACAACAACAACAGCAACAACAACAAGCAGAACAACAAGAACCUCUAAAAAAACAAUCUUCCGACAAAAAAAUUUCAAAACGAGAAAAAAUAGAACAGCAAAUUCAACGAGAGAGUCAAAUCUUGCAAGCUGCAUUCGCCUGCGGCGUAGUAGGCUCUGUACUUUUCCUCAUCUCAUACUCGUCCGAGUAUUGGGUUUUUGUAACUUUGGGUAAAACUGAACAGAAAGAGGAUACAGAGAGAGGCGGGAAGUAUCUGAAGACUGGUCACUACCAUGGGUUGUGGAGGUUUUGCAGGAAUGAGAUCUGGCCUGGAGAGGGCAACCAAUCUACCCCCACUAUUUACUGCAGAAGGAUGACAUUUGACGUUCUGCCUAAUACGAAGACAGAGAGAAUUGAAGUUGAAACUAAAAUGGCAGGGGCGAGUUGUUGGGUGGUUUCAGAGGUAUUCAGGCAGUCAAUGCUAUACGAAGAACGCUCAAUGAAGGAACACGUGAAAGAGUUUUCAGAAAUAAAGUUCGGAUGGUCCUACUAUCUGGUGUGGGUGUCCCUGGUGGCCUUUGUCCUGCCAGGGUUAGCCCUGCUCUACUACUCGAGAAAAAAGAAGGGUGCGAAGGCUCGAAGCAUUAGAGAAGCUAAUGAAAAUGAACCUGUACAUUUGGGUAGAAUUUGA